CGGAAUGCCAUGCGAGCGCGUGCGUCUUCGUGUGACAACCUCGCGUGCGCUCGGAGCGUCAGACCCUGGCGAGAUGCGGGAAGUCUAACGGGGACUGUACUUGCACUAAAACAGGUGUUUGAAGGUUCUCCUGUGGAUUGUUGGUAAAUGUUCCUGCCCCAACCUCUGACGACCAUGCUUUAUUUCCAGCUGGUGAUCAUGGCGGGCACGGUCAUGCUGGCGUACUACUUCGAAUACACGGACACGUUCAACGUGCACGUGCAGGGCUUCUUCUGCUACGAGACUGCCUACACGAAACCUUACCUCGGACCGGAUGAUAGGAGUGCGAUCCCGCCCGCCUUGCUCUACGCGGUGGUCACUGGAGUCCCCACACUGGUGAUCACAGUGACAGAGACUGUGUUGUUCUUGAUACAGUACACAUCGAAAGACCUUGACAGCCGAGAGAAGACUAUUGUGACCGGGGACUGCUGUUACCUCAACCCAUUAGUGCGGAGGACUUUCCGUUUCCUUGGUGUGUACAUGUUUGGCCUUUUCACCACUGACAUCUUUGUGAAUGCCGGUCAGGUGGUGACUGGGAACCUGGCCCCACAUUUCCUGACUGUUUGUAGGCCCAACUACACAGCUCUGGGGUGCCAGCAGGCUCUGCGAUAUAUCAGCCAUCAGGAAGCCUGCACCGGCAAUGAGGACGACAUUCUGCGUGCACGCAAGACUUUCCCUUCCAAAGAGGCGGCUCUCAGCGUAUACGCUGCUGUUUAUCUGGCUAUGUACAUCACAUUUACAGUGAAAGCCAAAGGAACUCGUCUGGCUAAACCAGUUAUGUCUUUGGGCCUGAUUUGCCUGGCCUUUCUCACGGGUAUAAACAGGGUGGCAGAGUACCGUAACCACUGGUCUGACGUUAUCGCCGGGUUCAUCAUCGGAGUGGCCAUUGCUACCUUUCUAGUUGUGUGCGUGGUCCACAACUUCAAAGGCAAACAGCUCCUGAACGAGGACCCCCCGCAGGAUCACCUAAUUAACAAUCCUAUGGUCAGCUCACCCAGGAUGGAGAGUCCACUGGAGAAGUACAUCGCAUCACAGAAUCACAUCACCUUCGCUGAGAUCACGUGACCUUGAGUCGCCGGUGUGGCAGACACACUGGACAUCCACGCUGUUUACCAUCCAGUCCCGAUAAUCACGGCUCUGCAUUAACACAGUGCUCAUACGCUCAAUGUUGUUGUUUUGGAUUGCCCUGCCCCCGCUUUGUGUGUGUGUGUGUACGCAAAAAUGUUUGUCCUGUCAACUGUUAAUGUACAAUAACGCAACUAAUGACUGAAUCUUCUUUAUACCUUUUCAUGACUGAUUCUACUUGCUCACAACAAGAGUGUUCUGCAAGAACUUCUCAAGUGUAUCCUGAGGGCACAUUUGAGUUUUGGAGGAGUAUCUGGCAGAUUGAUGCUAAUAUCCACCUCUGAAACUCAAAAUGGACUAAACCUAUGUGUUUUUUUCAUAUGCAUAUAUUCCAGGCAAAGUGUUAAUUCCUGUAUUCAUUUGUUUCUAUUUUAGUGCUUACAUUGGAUGAUUACACACGUAAAUACACUGUGUCUGCAAUCUAAUAUCCGCUAAGGCAUAACAUUUGUUUUACAAUACAUUUACAAUUAUGUAUUUGUUAACACAAUAUUUAACAUGAACUAACAAUUAAGAAUACUUCUACAGCACUGAUUAA